UUGCAUUUCUUUCAUUAUUCUCCACUCUGCAGUUUCUUGAUCUGUUUAAAAGAAGAAGUAGAAAAGAUAAAUCCUCUCUUCAAUGCCUGGAAGGGAAAACAAAAUGACCUCGACUCCACUUUGAAAAAAUCUUUCCAAGAACUUUCUUCAGAGAUUUCACUCAGAUGAUUGACACAAUGAAGAAAGAACAGAUUUUGGGGGUUUCUAUAUGUCUGCUGCUUAGCUGUGCCUCUGCCCCUCUUAAUGCUGUUCCUGAGGAAGGCGAAGAACAUACAAACAUUACAGAUGCUAAGUUGCUACCAUUGAAACCUAUACAUUCAUUUUGUGCACUGAAAGCUGAUGAUGGCCCAUGCAAAGCAAUGAUAAAGAGGUUUUUUUUCAAUAUUCACACUCACCAAUGUGAAGAAUUUAUAUAUGGAGGAUGUGAAGGAAAUCAGAAUCGAUUUGAAAGUCUGGAAGAGUGCAAAGAGAAAUGUACAAGAGGUUAUCCAAAGAAGCCUAGAAGGACAAAGACAGCAUUGCAAAAAGAAAAGCCAGAUUUCUGCUUUUUGGAAGAAGAUGCUGGAAUCUGUCGAGGUUAUAUUACUAGGUAUUUUUAUAACAAUCAAUCAAAGCUGUGUGAACGCUUCAAGUAUGGUGGGUGCCUCGGCAAUCUCAACAACUUUGAAUCACUGGAAGAAUGCAAGAACACCUGUGAGGACACAUUGAAUGAUUUCCAGGUGGAUGAUUCUACAACCCAGCAUGAUGCUAUGAAUAACAACUCCUUGACUCCCCAGCCUACCAAGGUGCCCAGCUUCUUUGUUACAACAGAAAGAACAAAUGAUGGUUGGAAGAAUGCUGAUCACACUUACCAAGUCUUUCUGAACAUCUUCUGCAUUCAUGCAUCCAUGUUCAUUUUAAGAUUACAUAGCAUUUUAUGCAUAUGUUAAUAAUUGUGUUUUGACAUUUCUUUAAUAUUUAUAUGGUAU